AUGGCUCUUGGAAAAGCUGCUCUAAGAUCUGCACUUAAAAAGGAGUUACAAUUGGUGACACAGGAUGAACUCUUGCGUCAAUCUAUGAACGUACGUAGAUCGUUAGAGAAAGUACCAGCUUUUCAAAAUGCCAAAUCUGUUGCCCUAUAUAUGAACAUGCCACAUCUGGAGGUACAAACGCUUCAAAUGGUGGAGCUGAGUUUCCAGACCGGAAAGAAAGUAUACUUACCUAAAUGUAACUUCAAACCGUGCGUUGGGCGCAAAAAGAAUUAUUUGUCAAUGUUGGAAGUACAGUCAUACGAAGAGGUGUUACUGUUCAAACCACAAGGGAAGUAUCAACUCCUUGAACCUGUAGAUGGAAAAGAUGCCCUCGAACAAGGCAAUCUUGAUUUAAUUGUAGUUCCAGGUGUUGCAUUUACAAAAGAGGGGAAAAGACUUGGACAUGGAGCUGGAUUUUAUGACGAGUUUCUAAGUGUAUAUUUCGAGAAAUUUGGUAAAUUGCCGUACUUAAUAGGCGUUGGUUUAAAAGUACAGUUGGUAGAUGAACUUCCAACUGAAGCGCAUGAUUGGACGCUUGAUUGUGUAGUCGUGGAAAACGAAGUCUAUUGUAAGAGAAUAGACUCACCCCGCCAUGAUCUAGAAUAA